AUGUUCCAUGAGGUGCUUCAGGGCGCACUUCCACCCAGAGUACUGCCUUUUCUGGCAGCAGUGCUUUUCCAAAGGAAGGAGAGGAAGGACACUGGCUUCUAUCACUGCCGGUGGGAAAAGCAUCCUUACUACAACCUGACAGUAAAAGUCCUCCGAGCCAGAAACAUCAAGGGUACAGAUGUGUUGUCCAAGGCAGACUGCUAUGUGGAACUAAAGCUGCCCACUGCAUCUCCCAGUGUCUCCCGAACUCAGGUUGUUGACAACUCUGAGAACCCAGAAUGGAAUGAGACUUUCCGAUAUCGGAUCCAUAGCGCUGUCAAGAACAUUCUGGAACUGACCCUCUAUGAUAAGGAUGUCCUUGUCAGUGAUGAGCUCACCUCUGUUGUCUUCGACGUGGGGGGCAUGAGGCCGGGGGAGUCCCUGCUGCACACCUUCAGCCUGGACUCUGAGGCUAAGGAAGAGCUGGAUGUUGAGUUUUUCUUGGAGAAAUGCUCAGAUGCCCCUACAAAAGUAUUGACCAACGGAGUCCUUGUGGUUCAUCCUUGCUUGUGUCUGCAAGGCACUGUCAACAAAGAGAAAAAUGCAAGAGAAAAACAGCAAGGAGGCUGUGAGGUCAAGGUGUCUGUCCCAGGGGCAUAUCAAAAGCAGUUGUCUAUUCCUUGGACACCAGACAAUGAGGAGGAUUGUGGAACCUCAUUUGUCUUUCAUGUGGAUAAAGAAAUGUGUUCAGAAUUGCAAGUGGAACUGCAGCAAACCAUAUCUGUCCUACAGGAUGGUGUGAACCCUGAUAUUGAAAAGCACACUACAGUUCUGGGACUGGGGACUGUACCAGUUAAUUCCCUUCCUAUUGGAGAAAAAGUUGAUAGAAUCAUUUCUUUGGGAGAGGGAAAAAGUUUGGAUAUGAGUUUGAAAACUGAAGAGAGCACUUGGGAUCUUGAUAUACGUCUGGGUUUUGAUCUCUGUAAAGAGGAGAGAAAAUUUUUGGACAAAAGGAAGAAAGUAGUUUCUGAUGCACUGAGGAAGACUCUUUGGUUAAAAGAAUCCCCUCCAAAAGAUGAGGUUCCAGUUGUGGCAGUGCUGGGCUCUGGAGGUGGGAUGAGAGCACUGACGUCCUUCUAUGGCAGCCUUGCUGGGCUGCAGCAGCUGGGCCUUCUGGAUGCUGCAAUGUACCUCUGUGGGAUUUCUGGCUCCACCUGGUGUUUAUCAACACUGUAUCGAGACCCUGACUGGUCACAGAAAGACCUUCAAGAUGCAAUCAGAAGAGCUCAGGACACUGUGUCCAGCAGCAAAGCAGGGGCAUUUUCCCCAGAACGACUGAAAUACUAUUUCCAGGAGCUGAAUGCAAUGGAGAUCACGGGACGGAAGGUUUCCUUUACAGAUUUGUGGGGCCUUAUUGUGGAAUAUUUCCUACAACAAGAGGAAGAUCCAUCAAAGCUAUCUGAUCAGCAAGAAGCAGUGAAAUGGGCCCAGAACCCUUAUCCUAUCUAUGCAGCUGUCAAUGUGAGACCCAAUAUGAGCAGUGGUGACUUUGCAGAAUGGUGUGAGUUCACUCCCUAUGAAGUUGGAUUUCGCAAAUAUGGAGCUUUUGUUCGAACAGAGAAUUUUGACAGCGAGUUCUUCAUGGGACGGCUUGUCCAGAAACAUCCAGAGCCCAGGAUUUGUUUUCUACAAGGAAUGUGGGGCAGUGCCUUUGCUGCAAGCUUGGAUGAUAUCUGCCUGAAGGUGGUUGGUAUAGGACUGAGCUUUCUAGAUUCUUUCAAAGAUGUUAUCAAAGUUGUAGAUGACUGCCAAAGAUUCCAUUUCCGAGACCCAGCACGGCUGAAGACUCGCUUGGUUAUACCUGGGGGCCCCUUGUUACAAAUAUUUCAGGAUUUCUUCAUGUCCCGAGUCACAUGUGGAGAAACCUUCAACUUCUUGAAGGGAUUGUAUCUUCAUAAAGAUUAUGUUAACAUCAAGAAAUUUGUGACUUGGAGAGAUAGUCACCUGGAUGCAUUUCCCAACCAGCUGACUCCCAUGGAAGAGAACUUGUAUUUAGUGGACGGUGGCUUUUCCAUCAACUCUCCCUUUCCUUUGGUACUUCAGCCAGAGAGGGAUGUGGAUGUUAUCCUGUCAUUCAAUUUUUCCUGGGAAGCUCCAUUUGAGGUUCUAGAGCUGACUCAGAAAUAUUGUGAGGAGCAGGAAAUUCCUUUUCCAAAAAUCAAAUUUACAGAGGAAGAUGAAAAGAAGCCAAAAGAGUGUUACAUGUUUGUGGAUGAUGAUAAUCCAAAGGCUCCAAUUGUACUCCAUUUCCCACUGGUGAAUGACACCUUCCAGAAAUACAGAGCUCCAGGAGUUGAACGUGAGUCAGAAGAAGAGAAAUCCUUUGGUGACUUUAUCAUUGAGUCAAACGAUUCCCCUUACCGUACACUAAACUUCACCUUUGAGCCGUAUGAUUUCAGCAGGUUAGUGGAAGUGAAUCGCUACAAUGUUCUGAACAACAAGGACACUCUCCUCAAAACCCUAAACUUGGCCCUGCAAAGGAGGAAGUUGAAGAAAGUCACCAAUAAGUUGAAUACAUGAGCAGUUUCCAAGGCUGAGGAUAC